AUGAUUCAUGUGGCCCACACCUGAUAUUCCCAUGCAGGAUCCUCUAGCCCGGAAGACAAAUAUCAGUCAGUGAGAACUGACAGGAUGGCCACCUGGGAUCUGGCAAUAGGAGUGAUCUUCUUAAUACAGACUGUGGUUGGAAUCCUGGGGAACUUCUGUCUUCUUUACCAUUAUUUCUUCCUUUAUUUCACUGCAUGUAGGCCAAGGUCCACAGAUUUGAUUAUCAAAAACCUGAUUGUAGCCAACAUUUUGGUCCUGGUCUCUCUUGGAAUACCUUAUACAAUGGCAUCUUUUGGGUGGUAUAACAGCUUCAAUGAUUUUGGAUGCAAGUUUUUCCCCUAUGUUCGUGGGGUGGGCAGGGGAGUGUCCAUUGGCACCACCUGUCUCCUGGGUGUCUUCCAGGCCAUCACCAUCAGCCCCAGGAACUCCAGGUGGGCAGCGCUGAAAGGGAAAGCUCUCAAGUGCAUUGUCCCUUCAGUUGUCCUGUGCUGGGUCUUGCAGAUACUGGUGAAAAUCGUGUAUCCCUUGUUUCUGACUAGCGCUUUGAACAACAAAAACAUGACAACUAGAAAAAGUUUCAGAUACUGUUCUGCGGUUCGUCAUGACAAAACCAGAGACUCGUUGUAUGCAGUACUGUUAACAUUCACUGAUGUGUUAUGUUUGGGGCUCAUGAUCUGGGCCAGUGGCUCCAUGGUUUCUAUUCUGUACAGGCACAAGCAGAGGCUCCAACACAUUCUUAGGACCAACAUCUCCACAUCAUCACCUGAGUCCAAAGCCACCAAAACCAUCCUCCUCCUGAUGUGUGGUGACUGUGAUGAAGGACCAGAAGGCAAGCUGAGAACGAAGCACAAGCGGACACCCUGCAAAUUGAACCCUACAAGCACCGGCCUUUGGGAGUUGCCAUAG